UAGAAAUGUUUGAUAUGGAAGGUCCUACGUGUAGGAAACAUUUUCGUAAAUUUCUGUAAGAAUAAUUAACAUGGCUGCAGUAAAAGUGGUUCCAUCGACUUCACCUUCUGUCGAAUUAAGUUCGUAUCGUGACCAACAUUUCAAGGGUUCCAGAGCAGAGCAGGAUAGACUUCUAAGAAAUUCCACGACUUUGUAUGUUGGAAAUCUUUCCUUUUACACAACAGAGGAACAAAUAUACGAGUUGUUCUCAAAAUGUGGUGAUAUCAGGAGAAUUAUAAUGGGUCUAGAUAAAUAUAAGAAAACUCCUUGCGGUUUUUGUUUUGUUGAAUAUUACCAAAGAGCAGAUUCUGAAAACUGUAUGCGAUACAUCAAUGGAACACGACUGGAUGACAGAAUAAUCAGGACAGAUUGGGACGCUGGCUUUAUCGAAGGUAGACAAUAUGGAAGAGGAAAGACCGGCGGACAAGUACGAGACGAAUAUAGAUCAGACUUCGAUAGUGGAAGAGGUGGUUAUGGUAAAAUAAUACAACAAAAAGUAACGCCUAUCUCAGAUGGCGCGUUCGGACGUUGAAAUUUCGAAACUGUAACUGACUUCCUAUGUUCAAUUUUAAAUGCAAGCUCGCGCCUAACCGAAGCACAGAAAGUUGACUGGUCUCAGAGAAAUCGCAGUCUGGAACCUAAGAGCGAACACAGUUUACUUUGCCUUGAGAACAUUGCAUUCAGAGGUAAACGACGUUCCCCG